CCAACAACUUCGGCAAGAUCCCUGUGGUUCACACGAACCUGGAGGAAGACCACGACUCGGUUCGGAAAGAGUUCAACCGCUUCCUGUCCACUCUGGUGCGGGCCAUGUCCAGUAACCGGGAGCAGGAGGAACUGAGCAUCAUGAACCAGUGAACCAAAGCCGUGAACCAAAGUGAUGAACCAGUGACUCAGACGUUGUGAACCAGUGAACCGAAAGAUGUGAAUCAGUGAACCAAAGUUGUGAACCAUGAACUGAACAUUGUGAAUCAGUGACACAUUUAUGUCACGUUGCAUGAAAUCAGACGCUUGUCAAUUUUUGGGCAUAGAUCUAUUUGAGUUGUGCUGACAAAAUGAGUUCCUUCUUUCGGAUUUUAUGCGUAUGGAAAUUAAUCAUCAUCAUCAUCCGGUGCCUUGUCGACUGGCGUGGGCGAUCAUGGACCUCCACUUCACUCUGUCUUGCG